AUGCUCGGUGAUAUUGACGAGCCAACCCUGCCAUUUGGUCUGAGUGAUGUUGGCCUAGAUAGGGCUGACGUUAAUGAAAAACACCUGAUGCUGCCACAGAAAAUCAACGAUCACCUACGGACAUAUGCACGGAAGUUACAGGUCAGUUUGUCCAGUUUAUGUCAUUUAGCCUGGGCACAGGUACUUGCUCGAGCUAGCGGACGUGAGGCAGUGGUCUUCGGCACCGUGCUAGUUGGCCGUUUACAGGCAGGAGAAGAGAACAAUAAUAUCAUGGGACCAAUGAUCAAUACGCUUCCACUGCGGGUAGAUAUUAACAAUACGGACAUCGAGACCGCAGUGCGCCAUACUCAUGCUCGGUUGAGUGCGUUGCUUGCACACGAAUACGCACCACUUGUGAUGGCACAACGCAGCAGUGGAGUUCCAACCAGCUUACCAUUGUUUAGUGCAUUGCUGAACUAUUGCCAUAAUCAGAAAGCAAAACAGAUAACUACAUAUCUUCCGGAAGUCACCUUUUUGGGCGGUGCGGAACGAACGAAUUACCCAUUAGUACUGUCGGUUGAAGAUAAUGGUGAUUCACUGGGACUAACGCCUCAAGUGGUUUCACCACAUUCAGCAGCUCGGAUAGGUGCUUAUAUGCAAGAAGCCUUAGUAUCACUAGCCGAUGUGCUAACUCACAAGCCACACCAACCAGUUCGAAUAUUGACAAUAAUGCCAACGGAAGAGCGUACGUUGCUGUUGGACACCUGGAAUCAAACCACGGUCGAUUAUCCAUCUGACCGCUGUUUUCACCAAUUGUUUGAGGUGCAGGUGGAACGCGAUGGAGAGGCAAUCGCCGUGGAGUGUGAAGGAAAGAUUCUAAGCUAUAUGGAACUCAAUGCCCAGGCUAAUCGAUUGGCGCAUUACUUGAUAGCACAAGGAGUUAAGCCAGAUGAUCGCGUCGCACUUUGCGUUCCACGCAGCAAUACAAUGAUCGUAGCAAUGCUGGGCAUUCUGAAAGCCGGUGGCGCCUAUGUACCACUCGAUCCGGCCUAUCCGAGUCAACGACUGACCAAUAUUCUACGGGAUGCUGACCCGAUAUUUUGGUUGGUAGAUGCUACUGGCCAAAAAGUACUCGGAGUACAUCAAGUGCCAGUGAUUGACUUGGACAAACCUUUUCCUGAUAAUUUGUCAAUCGAUAAUCCUGACGUGACUAAGCUUGGAGUCACUUCAACCAAUUUGGCUUAUGUUAUUUAUACAUCUGGAUCAACUGGAACACCGAAGGGUGUAAUGGUCGAACAUCAACCUGCAGUACAAUUGUUCAAAGGUAUUACUGUACUGAGCCUUACGCCUUCUACUCUUAAAAUGCUUAUGUUGGCGAAAAAUGUCACUCUACGAUACGAUCAACUGCGAUUUGUGAUGUUUGGUGGUGAAGCGUCAGAUCCGCUGAUUGUAAGAGAGUGGAAUGAAAAAUUUGAUAAAAAUCAAACAAAGCUAUUCCACGUGUAUGGCCCUACAGAAACAAUAGUUUUUGCAACUGGUUGGAUCUGUGAUACAACUAUUUCUGCAAGCUCCUCGUUACCAAUCGGUCGUCCACUACCCAACAAGAGAAUGUACUUACUGGAUGCAGAUGGCGAGCCAGUUCCACUUGGAGCCGAGGGAGAAUUGUAUAUUGGUGGCACUGGUGUGGCGCGUGGAUACCUAAACCGCCCUGAACUGACUGCGGAGCGUUUUCUACUCGACCCUUUCAGUGAAGAUCCAGCGGCACGCAUGUAUCGUACCGGUGAUCGAGUACGAUAUCUGCCUGAUGGCAAUCUGGUCUUUUUGGGACGGACAGAUCAACAAAUGAAAAUCCGCGGUUUCCGAAUUGAGCCUGGUGAAAUCGAAACCCACCUUGUCGAACAUCCUAAGGUGCAAGAAGCAGUUAUACAAUCAUACGGCAAUGACUCAAAUGCCCGUCUAAUAGCCUAUGUGGUGGCCAACGCAGAUGUAUCGUUAGCCCAAGAUUUGCGCAACUAUAUGUCAGAAUUAGUCCCCGAGUAUAUGGUACCAGCCGCUUAUGUGUGUCUAUCAUCUUUACCGCUCACAAUAAAUGGCAAGGUGGACCGGCGAGCAUUACCGGCUCCGGAUGAAGAUGCGUUUGCUCGUGAGAAGUAUGCAUCUCCGCUGAGUGAAAUGGAAGAAAAACUGGCAAAAAUCUGGCGCGAGCUACUUGGUAUUGAUCGCAUUAGUCGACAUGACAAUUUCUUUGCACUAGGAGGCCAUUCUUUAUUGGUCGUACGGCUUUUAUUAGAGUUGAGGCGGAUUGGACUGGACAUUACCGUAAGAGAAGUGUUUGAUGCUCCCACCCUGGCCGCAUUAGCCUCGAGCCUUGCCCGUUACCAAGCCAUGCAUAUUCCUCUUAAUCUGAUUACUACAGACAGCACUGCCAUCACUCCAGAUAUGUUGCCACUCAUCACACUUUCUCAGGCAGAUAUAGAAUCAAUAAUUGCACAGAUACCUGGUGGAGUAGCUAAUAUUCAAGAUAUUUAUGGAUUGGCGCCUUUGCAGCAUGGUUUGUUAUUCCAUCAUAUACAGUCCGAACGUGGUGACCCAUAUCUGUUGGUAUUCCGUAUGCAAUUCACUGACUGGACGUCGCUUGAACGUUAUGCAGACGCAAUGCAACAGGUAGUUGCACGACACGAUAUCCUGCGCACCGUCUUCAUCUGGGAAGGACUUAGUGAGCCGGCACAGGUUGUCAUGCGCCAUGUUCCUUCGAUACUUUCUGAGGUCUCGCUAAAUUAUAGUGGUAAGGCAGUACUAGAGCAGUUGAGCCACCGCUUCGAUCCACGUCACUACCGUUUAAAUUUGACAAAAGCACCACUAUUGCGUUUGAUGGCUGCGCCAACAUCUGAUGAGAGCUGGGUAGCACUACAAAUGAUACACCACUUAAUAAUUGAUCAUUCAACACUGGAAAGCCUACAGACAGAAGUUAACGCCAUAAUGAUCGGAAAAAUUGGAAUGUUGACAUCGCCCACGUCAUUUCGUCAUUUUGUAGCUCAUGCUCAACUAGGAUUCAGUCCAACCGAGCACACACGUUUCUUUACUGAAAUGCUUGGUGAUAUUGACGAGCCAACCUUGCCGUUCGGUCUGAGCGACGUUGGUCUGGAUGGAACAGAGAUCAACGAGGCAAAUCUGAUGUUGCCACAGACACUCAAUGAUCACCUACGUGUGCAUGCACGGAAGUUACAGGUCAGUCUGGCUAGUGUUUGCCAUUUAGCCUGGGCACAAGUGCUUGCUCGAGCUAGCGAUCGUGAGACGGUAGUCUUUGGUACCGUGCUGCUUGGCCGUUUACAGGGGGGAGAAGAGAACAAUAAUAUCAUUGGGCCGAUGAUUAACACCCUACCAAUACGAAUAGAUAAUGAUGAGAGGAGUGUCGAAAAUGCAGUACGUCAUACCCAUGCUCGGUUGAGUGAAUUGCUGGCACACGAAUACGCACCACUUGUGUUAGCACAACGCUGUAGUGGGUGUCCAGUAGGUUUGCCACUAUUCAGCGCAAUGCUGAACUAUCGCCAUAAUCAGACGAGGAGCCAGGUCACUGCAUCAUUUCCUGGAGUAACUUUCUUUGACGGUGAAGAGCGAACCAAUUACCCAUUAGGUCUGUCGGUUGAAGAUGAUGGCAAUUCGCUGGGACUGACAACACAAGUGAUAUCACCAAUGUCAGCAGCUUUGAUCUGUGCCUAUAUGCAACAAGCUCUGGAAUCAAUAGUCAACACCUUAUCUAACAAGCCACAACUACCAGUUCGAACACUAACUGUGAUGCCAUCGAAAGAGCGUACGUUGCUUCUGCACACUUGGAAUCAAACUACGUUUACCUAUUCACCUGCUUGCUGUCUUCACCAGUUAUUUGAGGCACAUGUGGAACGCGACGAGCAUGCGAUUGCCGUGGAGUGUAAUGGAGAUGAACUAAGCUAUACGGAACUCAACGCCCAAGCCAAUCGACUAGCACAUCAUCUGAUCGCACAAGGCGUCAAUCCUGAUGACCGUAUAGCACUUUGUGUUGAUCGUAAUAUAACAAUGCUCAUAGCAAUGCUGGGUAUCCUUAAAGCCGGUGGCGCCUAUGUUCCUCUCGACCCUGCCUACUCAUGUCAACGGCUGACCGAUAUCCUAAACGACGCUAAACCUAUUUUACUAUUGGCAGAUGCCACUGGCCGGAAAGCACUUGGAGACCAUCAAGUACCAGGAGUUGACUUAGACAAAUCGUUGCCUGACGAUCUGCGAUUUGAAAAUCCGGACACAAUCAAGCUGGGACUCACUCCAACCCAUCUGGCCUAUGUCAUUUACACUUCUGGCUCAACCGGAACUCCGAAAGGAGUAAUGGUUGAACAUCAGCAAAUCGUACGACUAUUCGAGGUUACACGUGAAAAGUUUGAUUUUAAUAAAGAUGACAAAUGGUGUUUGUUCCAUUCAUUCUCUUUUGAUGUUUCCGUGUGGGAAAUGUGGGGCGCAUUGUCGAAUGGAAGCCAACUGUCAAUUGUAUCCGCUCGUUCAACGGACGAAUUCCAUGAUUGGAUCUGUACUAGUGGAAUCACUGUACUGAAUCAAACUCCCUCCGCAUUCAAAUCACUUAUGUGGGCAAAAAAUACUAUACCGAGCUUCGAUCGAUUGCGAUACCUUAUAUUCGCCGGGGAAGUAUUUGAUCCAUUGAUUGCAAAGGAAUGGUGGGAGAAAUAUGAUAAAAAUGGAACGGUAUUGGUCAACAUGUAUGGUAUCACCGAAAUAACAGUUCAUGCUACCUACCAAAGAAUCGAAGCUUUAAAAAAUGCUUACUCGAUUGGACGACCACUCGCAGAUCUUUGUGUAUAUUUGCUUGACUCAUAUGGCGAACCAGUGCCACUAGGAGCUGAAGGAGAAAUGUAUAUUGGUGGGGGUGGCGUAGCGAGAGGCUACCUUAAUCGUCCUGAACUAACCGCCGAACGUUUCCUAUCCGACCCAUUCAGCGACAAUCCAGCAGCACGCAUGUACCGUACCGGUGAUCGAGCACGUUAUUUGUCUAAUGGUAAUUUGGUCUAUCUGGGACGCACCGAUCAGCAAGUAAAAAUCCGCGGUUUCCGAAUUGAGCUCGGCGAAAUCGAAGCCCACCUCGUGGAACAUCCUCAGGUGCAUGAGUCGAUUGUACAGUUCGAUGGCAAUGGAUCAGACGCUCGACUGGUAGCUUAUGUAGUGGCUGAUGUGGAUACAUCUUUGUCCCAAAAUCUACGCAAUUAUCUAUCAACUUUACUGCCUGAUUAUAUGGUACCAUCAGCUUAUGUGUGUCUACCGUCCAUGCCACUCACCCCAAAUGGCAAACUAGAUCGACGAGCGUUACCGCCUCCGGAUGAUGAGGCCUUUGCUCGACAACAGUAUGAAGCCCCACAGGGCGUGAUGGAAGAAACACUUGCCGAUAUCUGGCGUGAAUUGCUGAUUAUUGAGCGUAUUAGUCGACAUGACAAUUUCUUUGCGUUGGGAGGCCAUUCUUUGUUGGUCGUACGAUUGUUGGCACGGUUAAGACAAAUAGGAUUGGAUUCCACCGUAAGGGAAGUAUUUGAUGCUCCCACUCUAGCUAUAUUGGCCUCGACUCUCAUCUGUUACAAGGUAGUGGCUAUUCCGCCCAAUCUGAUUACCACAGACAGUACAGAGAUCACUCCAGAAAUGUUACCUCUUAUCACUCUGUCUCAGACGGAGAUUGACGCCAUUAUUGAGCAGGUACCUGGAGGAGUAGCUAACAUUCAAGAUAUUUAUGGAUUGGCAUCCUUACAGCAUGGCAUGUUGUUCCAUCACAUAAUGGCCGAAGAGGACGAUCCAUAUUUGCUAAUAAAUCGACUGAGUUUCAUUGACCGCACAACACUAAAACUUUAUGCAGACGCUCUGCAACAAGUGAUUAAAAGACAUGAUAUCCUGCGCACUGUCAUCAUCUGGGAAGGCCUUAGUGAACCGGUACAGGUGGUUUUGCGUCAGGUUCCUUCAUUACUCACCGAGAUAACAUUGGAUGGCGCUGGUGAGCCGGUGCUGGAACAAUUGAGCCACCAAUUUUAUCUGCGAUGCUACCGGUUAGACUUGACAAAGGCACCACUGUUACGUCUUUUUGCUGUACCAACAUCUGAGGGAAAUUGGGUUGCAUUUCAACUCACGCAUCACUCGAUUAUUGACCAUUCAACUCUGGAGAGAAUGGAAGCAGAAGUGCACGUCAUCAUGAAUGGAAAGAUUGAAGAGUUGUUAACGCCUACACCAUUCCGUCAUUUUGUGGCCCAGACUCGACUAGGAGCUAGUCAAGAUGAGCAUAAGCGAUUCUUCACCAAAAUGCUCGGUGAUAUUGACGAGCCAACCUUGCCGUUUGGUCUGAGUGGCGUUGGCCUAGAUGGAACUGCAAUAAACGAAGCACAUCUAAUGUUGCCACAGACGCUAAACAAUCAAGUGCGAGAGUUCGCACGGAAAUUACGGGUCAGUUUAUCCAGCUUAUGUCAUUUAGCGUGGGCACAGGUACUUGCUCAAACUAGCGGACGUGAGGCGGUCGUCUUCGGUACCGUGUUACUCGGCCGUUUACAGGCAGGAGAGAGGAACGACAGGACGAUGGGGAUGAUGAUUAACACACUACCACUGCGGUUGGAUAUUGAUGAGACGAGUGUCGGGAUCGCGGUGCGACAUACUCAUACUCGGUUGAGUGCAUUGUUGGCUCACGAACACGCACCACUUGUGUUGGCACAACGCUGCAGCGGAGUACCAGCUGGUUUGCCACUAUUCAGUGCAUUGCUGAACUAUCGUCAUAACCAAAGGACCGAACACAAUACUUCAUAUCCUGGAGUCAGCUUAUUAGGCGGUGCAACGCCAGCUGCUUACCCCUUGACAAUGUCGUUCGAUGACAACGAUGAAGAAUUGUGCCUAUCAGUCCAUGUAUUGUCGCCGGUAUCGGCAAUUCGGAUUUGUGCCUAUAUGCAACAAGCUCUCGAAUCACUGACCGACGCGCUUACUCACAAACCAUAA